AUGGAAAGCCUGCAGAUGGCGCAGAUGCUGGCUGAUCUCAGCAGUCUGAACGCGGCGGAACCCAACGCUGCCGCCGCCCUCGUCACAGCAAACAAGGCCAUCCAGAAAGUCGAACAAGACCGCCACAGCCUCGCCGCCCCGCGCCGCCCCUCCGACGACCUCCGCCGCGCCCAGUCCGCGCAGGCCAUCCCGCGGACGAACACGGGCUCCGCCUCCCCGAGCGCAGGCACCGGCCCCGCGCGCCACGACAAGUUCGGCCGCCGCAUCCUCAUGAGCCCGCCCCUGACGCGCACAAACUCGGCCCAGGGCUCCGUCCCCGGCACGCCGCGGCGCGACUCGGACCCGGAGGACGACCUCGACCGCGCGUCGACGCUCAUGGCGCUGUACGACAUUCGCGCCAAGCUCAAACAGCAGGACAACAGCAGCCUCAUGAAGGCGCGCGAGAAGAUUGCCGAGCUGGCGGCGCGGCAGCAGGGGCAGGCGCAGGCGGGGGCCGGAACCAAGAGGGAGGCCGACAAGGGCCCUCCGCGCUACUCGUAUCCCAAGUGA